UUUCACUACUUCUGUGUGUUUUUAUUUAUCAUUUGAUCUUUUCUAAAACAAUAAUGAGAAACAUUUUUUUCAAAUCUUAACAUUUAUUGUCCUUAAGCCAUUAACUAAGUACAUUUUAUUCUUUAUUUUUUUUUUAUAGAAGAACUGGAAUGCAGGAUGGGCCAGAUAGGAGAGGUCUGCUGUGCCAAAUGUGGGUCAGCUUCCUGGCCAGGGAUCAAACCCAGGCCAUAGUGGUGACAGCCCUGAGACUCAAGCCCUAGGCCACCAAGGAGUCCCUGAGAAACAUUUUGUAAUGAUUUAUAAUUUGUUUAAUGCUUUCUAUAUGAAAUUAUGUAAAUUGUCCAAGGAGAACGGUUCGGGGAACCACUGUGUGUGAUGAGACAUUGAGGUAUGGUGUUUGAUGAUGCUCAAAGCUUAGAGGAGUUGCAGGAGGUGCCAGAGCCAGAAGUGGGUCAUCUCUUGCCUCUGAUCUUUGGGGACAGUGUCCUCAGUGUCCAGAGAAACUAGGCCAGCUGGGUGGGGUUCUGUCUUAAGCUGGAGACAGGCAGGCCAGAUGUGGGGUUGAGGUGAUGGGGGAAGACGCAGGCAGGCAGAGGCUUGGGUGUCUGGCAGAACUGUUCACUGAGGCAGGAUAUCUUGUUGGGAAGAAAUGAUCAGGGAAGACUGGCUGAGUUGAGGUACUUUUCCUUCUACAUGAGAGGGUUAGAUGUGCGCUGAAACUCGGGAGAAGCCUGGGCUGAAGAGAGAGGUUGGUGGUUGCUGGUUUAUCUGAGAGAUUAAGCAAGGGUGGGGAUGAAGUACCCUACAUUUCCCCUUAUCUGUUGCUGUGCAACAAACCAGACCAAAAUGCAGGGACUUGUUUCAAGUCCGAUCCCCAAUCUGCGUUUAGGCAGGGCUCUGAGAACGUUGCCUGCUCAUGUGGCCUUGGUGGGGCCAGCCCCUGGGCCUCUGCCCAGCUCCCUCACCUAACAGUGGGUGGAACAUGCACGCGGCCUCUCUGUGUCUCGUGUUGCUGGCUGGCUGGGUUUCAAGCAGGAACAUCUCAGGAGAUAGGAAGUGGACGCUGCUGGUUUCUCAAGACCUGGGUCCAGAGCCAGAUGAGUACUGAAUGAGUGUGCAACCAGUGGUGUGAGGAGAGGCGGUGAGGGGUUAUCUGAGUGUGAGGAGUCUGGAGUUGUGAGGAGGGGGCAGUAGGAGCGAGGCUGCAGUGGCCUGUGGAGCCCAGGCUAGGACGUGGACUUGAGCAGGGGACAGGCUACCCUGACAGAAGGCACUGGCUGAGGCACAGAGAGGGUAGUGGUGCCAAGACAGGCACAGAAGCAAGUGUGUAUCUCACCUCAGCUUGUCUUCAGGCCUUGAUCCCUGCUCCCACCUGCCCCUGAGACCUGGACAUUCUGUCCCUGGAGUCUGUGAGAUGCAGGGGACACAACCAACAAUGCAGUCCCUGGAGCCCGAGGUGCCACCCAGCUCCUUCCCUGACUCUGUGUCGGUGGUCGCCUGGACAUCUGAGCUGGUCUAACCUUGUAACAGACGAGGGCGGGGCCCUGUGGAGGCAGUUCCCAGUCUUCUGGGCCGACAAGAGAGAACAGGACUCAUUUUUCCUGUGAACAGAGUUUUUUCCCAUGGCCAUGAGCCCCCAGACCCUGAAAUCAAGCUGACCAAAGGGUGUGGCUUCUGUGCUGGGAACCUGCAGGCCUCUCCACCUAGAGGCAAAACCCCCUUGUGUGCUGUAGACCUGGCUGGAGGAGGUCCUUCUGGCUGGCAUCCCUCGGAACCCUUCUCUGCCAAGACAAGAGGCAGCCCUGGAUGCUUCCAGAGGUUGGCAGAGCUCUGCGGGGUGCUCGUCAAGGCUAGGCCUCACGUGGCUCCCCAGUGCAGCCCGAGCCAGUGUGGGCUGAACUGUUGGACACUGUCAAGGUCAUGCUGAGGGACAGUGAAUCUCCUUGUGGCAGGCCAGCGGAGGGAGGUCCCCACUGACACAGCAGCUACUGUCUGACGAGAAGCUGAUUUGCAGGGAGUGGACGGCAGGAGCUGCCUCAAGUGAGGAUCGGAGUCACCUUGACCUUUCCUCCUCACUAGCUUGCUUGGCCACGAGGCAGUCGGGGGGCCCUCCGUAGACGCAGGGUACCUGCAAUGCCACCUGUGUGAACGACUCUGGAAAAGUACGUGGUGUGGACAGGGACGAGAGGUGCCGGCUCCAACGUCUUGCUCCUGGAAUGCCGUCCACAGCCUGACCAUGGUGGUCACCCAGUUGAAUCUGGAGUUUCGCUUUCAGGGCAAGAAGCUGCGAGGCUUCCGCUGUGAGUUCACCCGGUUCCCCCAUGGGGUCUUCCCUGAGACUGCCUUCUCCAUCAUGUGCCAGAUUGUGGUGCCCAUCCUGCUCUCCGGCUUGGGCAUGAUGACCGCCGGCCUGGUGAUGAACACCGUCCAACACUGGCCCGUGUUUACAGAGGUUCAGGACCUUUUGACGUUGGUGCCAUCCCUGGUGGGCCUGAAGGGGAAUCUGGAGAUGACGCUGGCCUCGCGGCUCUCCACGGCUGCCAACACUGGACAAAUUGAUGACCCCCGAGAGCAGCAGAGAGUCAUCAUUAGCAACCUCGCCCUCAUUCAGGUGCAGGCCACCGUCGUGGGGCUCCUGGCUGCUGUGGCCGCGCUCUUGCUGGGUGCUGUGUCCAGGGAGGAGGUAGACUUCUCAAAGGCGGAGCUGCUGUGUGCCAGCAGCGUCUUCACCGCCUUCCUGGCUGCCUUCGCCUUAGGAUUGCUGAUGGUCUGUAUAGUGAUUGGCGCUCGGAAGCUUGGGGUCAACCCAGACAACAUCGCCACACCUAUUGCAGCCAGCCUGGGGGACCUCGUCACGUUGUCCAUCCUGGCCCUGGUUAGCAGCUUCUUCUAUAGAUACAAAGACAGUCGGUAUCUGAUGCUGCUGGUCUGCCUCUGCUUCAUGGCCCUGAUCCCUGUGUGGGUCCUCAUCGCCAGGCAGAACCCACCCAUCGUGAAGAUCCUCAAGUUCGGCUGGUUGCCAAUCAUCCUGGCGAUGGUCAUCAGCAGCCUCGGAGGGCUCAUCUUGAACAAAACCGUUUCUAAACAGCAGUUCAGAGGCAUGGCCAUAUUCACCCCCAUCAUAUGUGGUGUUGGUGGCAAUCUGGUGGCCAUUCAGACCAGCCGGAUCUCCACCUACCUGCACAUGUGGAGCACACCUGGCGUACUGCCCCUCUGGAUGAAAAAAUUUUGGCCUAAUCCAUGCUCUACUUUCUGCACCUCAGAUAUCAAUUCCACAUCAGCCCGAGUCCUGCUCUGCCUGGUGGUUCCAGGCCAUCUGAUUUUCUUCUACAUCAUCUACCUGGUGGAGGGUCAUUCCAUCACAGACAGCAGGCUCUUCCUGGUGCUCUAUCUGCUGGCCAGCCUGAUCCAGGUGACGGUCCUGCUGUACCUUGCAGAUGUGAUGGUUCGGAUGACAUGGCACCAGGCAUUGGAUCCUGACAACCACUGUAUCCCCUACCUCACAGGUCUGGGGGACCUCCUUGGGACUGGCCUUCUGGCCCUCUGCUUCCUUAUCAGCUGGCUGUUGAGGAGCCAACCUGGCCUGGGCAGCAUUUCCGAACUGGCAUCAGGGCCUCCCUAAUGAGUGGGACAGCCCCAGCGGGUCUAUAGAAUUUUCCCUCACAUCAGCAGGGCACAAAGCGCAGUUUCUCCCUGGCCAGGCCUCACAGUGGCUGACAUCAAGCCUCUGCGCCGGCCUUCACUCGCCUGCCAGAGACAUGCGCGCCCUCGCCCCUGCAUGGAACCUGACCGUGAUGGAGGCCUGACACCAGCACGCCGACUGUGCUUGGUGACUACGCCUGCGGUGGUUGUGGGGUGAGCGCACAUACGUGGAGAGCAGGGAUCCAGCCUGAAGAUCCCAAAGGAAGAGGAUAUCCGAUGCCUCGGGAUGCUGGGAAGGAGAUCCUUUCUGUGGCCGUCAGACCUUGGGCCUCUCGGCCUCGUUUUACCCGCCUUCUUCACCAGCUGGGAGCUCGGGGCAGGAGGGGCUCUGUGUACCCCUCAUCUGCUUCAAGCACCUAAGCUUGUCACUGCUAACCCCACUUUUUUUUUUUAGCAAAAACCUCAGUUUAGAUUUUAGUGAUAAGAGAAAUGUAAAAUAAAACCCAGACUAUAUUGUAUUUGGCCUUUUGUGUCUUUAAAUGUAGU